AUGGGAAAGAGGAAGUCGAGGACGUCGAAGCUGAUGGCGGAGCCCAAGAAGGCGCCGAAGCUGGACACGGACUUCACCUGCCCCUUCUGCAACCACCCGGGCGCCGUCCAGUGCAACAUCUUCCUCAGGGCACGCCGUCCGUUCGCCGCGGCGUUGUGCAGCGUCUGCAAAGAGACCUACCCACCAAGGCCAACGCACUGA